AUUUUAACGCUACGCGGCCUUUCCUCUCACAAAAGGAACCCUCUCCGGCCGGCUUGUGUCACUCACCUUACUGCCCUGCUUGGCCUAAUUUAUGAAUGAGAGACUCAGUUUCAGACCCUUCGGCCAUUCGCUCUUCUCUGUGCUUCUCCUACAAAGUGUUCCAGGGAAAAUAUCUUUCGAGCUCGAUUUCCUUCUCUUCCAUCCCUUGCCCUAAUUGACCUUUUCCGACGCAAAGAUCUAUCUUGUCCGUACGCCUUUGGAAACAGAAAGCUUCUGCUGCUCUGGGAAAGUUACAAGCAUGUUUGGUUCGACAAACCCUUUUGGGCAGUCAUCUUCGAGCCCGUUUGGCUCCCAGUCAGUUUUUGGGCAGACCAAUGCAUCAAAUAGCAAUCCUUUUGCCCCAAAGCCAUUUGGUAGUACAACACCAUUUGGCUCACAAGCAAGUAGUUCCCUGUUUGGAGGCACUUCGACUGGUGUAUUUGGUGCAUCUCAAUCUUCAUCUCCUUUCUCCUCAACAACCACCUUUGGUGCUUCUUCUUCACCAGCCUUUGGUAGUUCAAUGCCUGCUUUUGGAUCAUCUUCAACUCCAGCUUUUGGUAAUUCAUCUUCAUCAUUUGCUGGGUCGUCUGUUUUUGGCCAAAAGCCUGUUUUUGGAGGCUUUGGGUCUACCACUCAAACAAGUCCUUUUGGAAGUGCUGGACAACCUUCACAACCAGCAUUUGGGAGCAGCAUAUUUGGUUCUUCAACACCUUUUGGUGCAUCAUCUCAGCCAACAUUUGGCUCCACGAGCACCCCUGCUUUUGGUUCUACAAGCACCCCUGCAUUUGGUUCUACAAGCACCCCUGCAUUUGGUUCUACAAGCACUACAACAUUUGGUGCAGCUAGCAACCCCGCAUUUGGUUCAACUUCAAGUCCAACUUUUGGCGGCACAGGGAGUGCAUUUGGUGUAAGCUCCCCUAUGUUUGGAGCUGGUGGAGGAUUUGGAGCAUCAAGUACCUCUUUAUUUGGUUCUUCAACCACUCCAGCAUUUGGCACUACGAACACUCCUGCAUUUGGGGCAUCUAGUGCUACUGCUUUUGGUGCUCCUAGUACUCCUUCCUUUAGUUUCGGUUCCUCUCAAACUUUUGGUCAGUCUACUUCAGCAUUUGGCAGCAGUCCAUUUGGAAGCACUUCACCUUUUGGUGGACAGAGUUCUCCAUUUGGAUCUCAGACCACUUCUUCAGCUUUUGGAAGUACUGGAAUUGGGCAGCCUGGUUUUGGGGGUCAACGGGGUGGGAGUAGAGUUGCUAAUUAUACACCAACGGCUGAAGCAGAUGGCGGCACCUCUGGACAAACUGCUAAAUUGGAGUCCAUAUCAGCCAUGCCUAUUUACAAAGAAAAAAGCCAUGAGGAGCUAAGAUGGGAGGACUAUCAAAUUGGAGACAAAGGUGGGCCUCUCAGUUCUGCUCAGUCAACUGGCUUGGCUGGCUUUGGUUCAACCACCACCCAGACAAACACAUUUGCUCCUUCUCCAUCUUUUGGUCAAUCGGCUGCUAAUCCUUUCUCUACCUCAACCCCGUCUAAUCCAUUUGCAGCAAAGAGUUCAGCAUUUAGUACUGGCUUUGGAACAUCAUCAACUCCUGCCUUCAGUUCAUCAGCAUUUGGUACUUCGACAUCAGCAGCACCGCCUUCUAUUUUUGGAUCAUCAACAUCUACAUUUGGAGCUAACUCUCCAUCACCUCUGUUUAGUUCUUCACCUGCUCUGGGCACAUCCUCGCCAUUUGGUUCAAGCAUAAAUUUUGGCAACACUCAGUCAUCGAAUCUAUUCAGUUCUGCAGUGCCUACAAUUGCACAACCAGGUUCUGCUUUUGGACAGGGUACCUCCCUGUUUGGACAGAAUGCAUCCGCAUUUAGUCAAUCAAACUUGUUCAGUUCACCUUCUGCUGGACUUGGUGGAAACAUGUUCUCAAGCAGUGCAUCGCUCACUUCCAGCAAUCUGGCGGGCUUUGGUCAAACAGCACCAUCACUUUCAACACCUUUCCAAACAGGACAAGCAGCUCAAACUAGUGGUACUUUUGCAUUCAGUAAUUUUGGUCAGACACAACCUGUUGGUGUAAGUAGCUAUGGUGGCACCCCGGGCAUAUUUGGUCAGAGUAACCUUGGACUCUCGUCUUCUGCCCAGAGCACGGCAGUUGUGCAAGCAGCACCCAUUUCAAAUCCAUUUGGAACACUUCCUGCUAUGCCUCAGAUGAUGAUUGGUCGAGCUGGAACUGCUCCAUCAAUUCAAUAUGGAAUUUCUAGCAUGCCUGUUGUAGACAAACCUCCUCCUGUUAAAAUAUCAUCCUUAUUGACAUCUCGGCACCUCUCACAAAGACGGAUCAAGUUUCCUGUCAGGAAAUAUCAUCCUAAAAAUGAUGGACCAAGGGUUCCAUUCUUUAGUGAUGAUGAAGAUACACCAGCAACACCAAAGGCUGAUGCUCUUUACAUUCCCAGGGAAAAUCCAAGGGCGCUGGUCAUUUGUCCAACAGAACAGUGGCCUAUUAAAGCUUAUUCUGAGAAAGCAUCCUCGUCUAGGGAUAGAUCCACUGCAGUGAAUGAGAAUGGAGUUAACACUAAAGAAGCAUGUACUGCACCUACUACUGAUAGGACCAACUCACAGGAAAAAGGGACUGAAAAUGGCUUUGUUAAAGAGCAAGGUGAGCCUUCUAGAUCAGAGCAGACGUCCAAUGGGAUUAAGGAAGAUCACUCUCUUCCAAAAGGGAAUACAUAUAUGACACUCAGCGGUCACAGAGCUGGUGAGGCUGCUAUUGUGUAUGAGCAUGGAGCUGACAUCGAGGCUUUGAUGCCAAAGCUUCGUCAAUCAGAUUACUACACACUACCUCGAAUUCAGGAAUUGGCAGCCAAGGAAAGAGCUGAACCUGGAUUCUGCAGUCGUGUCAAGGACUUUGUAGUUGGAAGGCAUGGAUAUGGCUGUAUUAAGUUCUUUGGAGAGACAGACGUAAGACGGCUCGAUCUGGAUUCUCUUGUGGAAUUCAACUAUCGUGAAGUGGUUGUCUACAAGGAUGAUGCUAAGAAGCCUCCUGUUGGUCAAGGGCUCAAUAAGCCAGCUGAGGUAACACUACUCAACAUAAAAUGUCUGGACAGAAAAACUGGACGGGAGUAUAUUGAAGGACCAAAGGUCGAGAAGUACAAGGAAAUGCUCAAGAAGAAGGCCGAGGACCAAGGUGCCGAGUUUGUAUCGUACGAUCCCACCAAAGGAGAGUGGAAGAUCAGGGUUCACCACUUCAGUGGGUACAAGAUGGUAGAUGAAGGUGACAGUUGGGAUAAGUGUUAGACAAAUUAGAUUCGGUGUAGAUCUGUGAUAUGUGUAAGUCUACGACGGGGUAGCAUAACCUUUGUAUGUUGCCAACACUGAAUUUUGCUUUUAAUUUACUUGUACAUUUUGCUGGAUCAUAUUGUUACAAUUUGAGCGGACAUGGUUUUUUGUGUGUGUUUCUUGUUGCGUACUAUUAUGAAAGGGUGGAUUCUUAGUUGUUUUA